AGUAGUAGCAGUAGUAAUAACAGUAGUAGCAGUAGUAGUAGUAGUAGUACUACUACUACUACUACUAAGGUGAGGCGGAGAGUGCCCACCCUGGCCCAGCGGAGGGCGGCCAACGUCAGGGAGCGGCGCCGCAUGUUCAACCUGAACGAGGCCUUCGACAAACUCCGACGGAAGGUGCCCACCUUCGCCUACGAGAAGCGCCUCUCGCGCAUCGAGACCCUGCGCCUGGCCAUCACCUACAUCCUUCAUGACGGAGCUGCUGGCCUCCACGAUGACGUCGCCGCCGCCGCCACGGCCUCGGCCAACUCGGGUUCCCCUGCGACAGGAACCCGCGGGACGCCCCACAGGGUGCCCGCGCCGCCCCCGCCCGUGCCCACGCGCCACCACGAAUACACGGAGCUCACGCUGGUCAAGCGCUGCCCCCCCUACCCCACGCAGCUCACCGCCACGUAAACCGGAGCGGCCACACGCACGCACCCCCACUCUCUCGUCUUCCAUUCUAGUCUAAGUCUGGUCUCCUGCUGGCGCGCUGCGGAGGCGCCCGUCGCCCUCCAAUUUACAAGGUCUCUUUGCAAGGACGUCCAGAUUACAAGCAAGGUCUCUGUUGCAAGGGCGUCCGGGUUACAAGCAAGGUCCCUGCCUCCGGAUUAAUUACAAUCGGGUCUCUACUACAAGGGCCGGCCAGCAUGCACGUUCCUCGUCCUCUGUACUUUAUCCCGCGAUGGAUGUAAUGCAGACUUGUAAAUACUCAUGAAUCUACAUUGGGUAACUGCCCGGGGCCAAAGCAAGCUCCCAAGUUUUCCAUCUGCCGUCAUUCUACUGUGUGUGCUAAACAGAAACUAGUCUUAAGUAACUUACAUUCCGCCCAGUCUCAGGAAAAGACGAAUUGGCAACUCUGGAGUACUCCGAAUCGGCAAAUCUCUCUUCAGAAAAACAAAAUAAAUAAAUACCUAUCGAAGAUAAUUUUUAAAAUCUGAAAAUAAGUUUCAAGAAUACCAAAAAUAUGUAAACAUACAUAAUAAAUAUCAGCUGAUUGGGAUAAAAGAGCAAACUUGGCGAAUCGGAGUAACAAAAAAAAUCUGACGCGAGUUGCCAGUUGCACUUUUUUCUUUCCUUUCCUGAGACUGGACGCACUAUAGAUUAGAUGGAAGAAAUUUCCAGUGUAUAUUCUGCUUCUCGUGAGCUUAGAGAGAGCCCGAAGCAGCAUUAUGGCGCUUGUCAUCAUGUGGACUCCGUAAUGUUAAGACUACUAGCAAAUCUUUGUACAAAUUUGAAUACAACGGAUCGAAGUCUUCCAGUAACGUCUUCCAUUCAGUAUUAAACUAGCUCAAUGCAGGUGAAAUACAUCGAAGUCCCACGCUAUAUAUUAAUUCGUUCUAGUCCGAUGCAGCGUAAUAUUUAUUUACAUUACAUUUCACUCCGCUGCAAAAUUUUCAUUAACUUUAAACUUAUUUCGAACAGAGGUGGAAGUUUCAAACUAGGCCUAUAUACAUGUAAAUAUCGGUUAAAAGUAACGCGAAUUAAACAAGCAGUAAAUUUUGCAUCGAAUGAAGAUCCACCACAUGCUGCCUGCAAAUAAAUUCUGAAAUACAGCAGCUACCAAACUUUGCAAAAAUAACAAUAAAUACAGUGAUGAUGAGGAUUGGUGAAGAUUAUGAUGAUGAUGGUAAUAAUAUCAACACCGCUCUGUACUGACCAAAAAGAUUAAUAAUACGUAAUAUUCCUAAACCCAAAUCAACAAAAAAAACAAUAUAUGCUAAUGCAAAUAACAAUAAUAAUAAAAAAUAAUAGUAAUAAUAUUGAUAAUAAUAGUUGUUAUUAAUUCGCGUUAUCUUCCCACCCCAGGCCACAUAUUGCUAUAUAACUUACCACUAACUUAUCAACAUUGAAUCACGCAUUUCACUCUCCUCAAUGUUCCGCCACGUAAGGUUUACUGUUGUUCUGUAUCAACUACACUUGUCCCUUGAUCACAAAGCAGUAUAUAGUACACCUCAUGCCGUGUGCCGGUUUCUGCUGUCGUCAUAUGAAAUAAAAUAAAGAUUGGGUAUUUUACUUUUAUGGAAAUCCUUGGUAAUUUCGGGUAUGCACGUGCUUUUUUGUCUUGUUUGUUUGUCUGUU